AUGGCCACUAGUGACAAGAAUUACAUGGCAAGGGGCUUCUCGACGCCGCCGCCGACAUGGAAGUCAAGACGAUCGUCGCCAUGGAUUCCUUCGUCUGAAAAGAAGAGAAUUUCGCCUCAGGCCAAAGCUGAUAGUUUCCAUGUGAUUCAUAAAGUCCCCGCCGGUGACUCUCCAUACGUCAAAGCCAAACAUGUUCAGUUGAUAGAUAAGGAUCCAAACAGGGCCAUUUACCUGUUCUGGAAGGCAAUAAACUCUGGUGAUCGAGUUGAUAGUGCGUUGAAAGACAUGGCAGUAGUAAUGAAGCAAUUGAAUCGACCAGAUGAGGCAAUUGAGGCGAUUAGGUCUUUUCGUCAUCUAUGCCUUCCUGAAUCACAAGAAUCUAUUGACAAUUUGUUAGUGGAGCUCUACAAGAGAUCCGGGAGAAUUGACGAACAGAUUGAAAUGCUUCAAGUCAAACUGAAGGACAUUGAAGAAGGUUUAGCCUUUGGUGGAAAAAGGACAAAGAUAGCUAGAUCUCAGGGGAAGAAGAUUCAAAUCACAAUUGAAAAAGAGUAUUCAAGGUUAUUGGGAAACUUGGCGUGGGCCUACAUGCAGCAAAAUAACUACAAGUUGGCCGAGGAGCAUUAUAGAAAAGCGUUAUCGUUUGAGCUAGAUAAGAACAAGCAGUGCAACCUUGCAAUCUGCUUGAUGCACAUGAAGAGAACAUCAGAAGCUAAGUUUCUGCUUCAAACCAUAAAAGCUUCAUCUGAAUGUGAGCAGAUGGACGAAACAUAUGCUAAAUCAUUUGAGCGUGCUGUUCAGAUGCUGAACGGAUUAGAAUCGCCGUCAGAUGUAAAGCCCAUUUCACAUGAAGAAAAAAACUGUCAUGAAAUCCCAAUACCUUCCUCAUCCUCUGAUUAUAGAAACCAGAAAGAAUUUUCUACUCCCACUGAUCGAGGUCAUAAUCAGGUUUUUGGCUUUGGCUCCAGAAGUUUAGCAGAUGAACACAAUGAAGCAACAGUGCUGUCAGAUGAACAGAACAGAGGAGUUUUGUUUGGACCUCAUCAUGAGAAUAAGGCUAAAUUAGGUGGUUAUGACAAGAGAAACGCAAACUGCACAUCAUUGGGACUAAGAAAUUUUUCACACUCUUCCGAUCAGUAUUUGUUCAUGGAUACAGUUAAGAAAGGACCUUACAUGGAAAUACCAUGUGAAAGAAGGUACGAUUAUGGCAGCAAAAGACACGGCAAAUGGGUUAGUUUUACCGGAACAGAUGUGGGUUCUGUUUGCAAGAAGACUUAUUGUACUCCAAUUCAUAGAACAGAAACUCCAAAGUUUCCAUUUACGCAACCGAGAAGUGGUUCAUGGUCAUUCUCAAACGAGGAUCAGGGAAGGGCAUUUGGGAGACAGGAUACAGCAGCUGGCUGCAAUCGCAAAUUAUCAUUUGAACAACCUAUGAUUAACAAAAAUGUGCAGGGAACACUUGGAAAAUCAGAAAUUCAUUUACCAUUUAUAGGUGGAGACUGGAGAAAUACGUCGUGCGGAAAUCACACUGAAGUGGAAAGCAGUGGGGACUGGAGACAGAGGUCAAGUGGAGAUCACGCUGAAAUGAGCAAUAGAUCGAUUUUACAGCCUUUUGGGAAUGGAGUGUGGAAAAGGAAUUUCCAGGAUGAUGGUGGGCAGACAAAUAAGGACACCAAAGAAAAUAAUUUGCCUAUGGGAUUUUCUUCUGAGAGAGGUGAUCAUAGUUCUGUAGACAGAAAGAGAUUGUCAGAAAUGGUUGAACCCUUAGCAGAAAGUCUGAAGUCGACUCAUGAACUACAAAGCCAAAGCCAUCCUAUUUUUGGAGAUCUGAACCUGGUUCAAGACUGCUCAAUGUGCCAAAGUAAGAAGAGUUGGGCAGAUAUGGUUGAAGAAGAUGAACAGGAGUUGUUCGAUGGCAGAACUCCAAGAAACUGGUCUGAAGGCUUGAACAAGGGGGAAGAGUUUAAUGACGAGAACAUAAAUACAAAUAUAAUUCAUGAAAGUCCUACUCUGCUGAAUCAGGUCGACAAUUUCAGCCAAAAGAUUGAAUCACUUGAUUUGGUGGACGGAUAUUACACUCAACCUCAGAAGGCUGAUUCAUCAAUGAAUCGAACAGUUCAGCGUUCAUUAAGUUUUGAUCACCAUCAGAAGCCUGAAACAGCAGAAAAUUACCAUUUGUCACCAUUGCCGAAGAAGGCCCUGAGCUUUGAAGGUUAUAAUUCUGGGAAUGAUACAAAAUUAAACAGAAGAAGCAGGCUACCUGUUUUCCAGGACAUUACUCUUCUUUCAGAAAGUCCACGACCUUGAAAUGAAUUCUGCGUCAUACUGACAAGCAUUAGCAUGAAUUGAAACUGCAGAGUGUGCUCAUUUUUGUUUGUCUGGGGUCUUUCAGUGCGUCUUUACUUGUUCGUUCCUUCUGUGUAUAGCCUUGUACAGUCG